AUGCCACGUUCAAUUACAUCACAACAUGCAGAAAAGCAUCAUGUCAACUUUGGCACAUCCAGAGAGCGAGAAUUCUAUAAGUAUUUACCGCCAUACCAUCUCAGACCACACGCCAUACAACACAUCGGGCCUACUACACUAUCAAAAGAACAUGUCGCUCGAUCCUCGGCGGACACCGUCCUGACGGCAUUCGCCCAACUGGGCACCUUACGACUGGAUGCGCAGCGUUCUUUGAUCUCACUCUUCGGUCGACACGAGCAACACGUUCUCACCGAAGCUACUCGCACCCUAAGUCUGCAAAACGAUGGCGACCAUAAUGCGCGAGAUGAGCUUUGGGUGGGGAGCUGUACUAUGUCAUAUGACCGCAGCCUGUGUAAAUCGGUUAUGGAUUCUUCGCCAAAUGCGUUAAACGCCAGGGACGGAGUCUUUGUUGUGCCCGAUCUUACCAAAGAUAGCGCAUUCAAGGACCAUUUAUAUGUGACUAGAUUCCCUAACAUUCGAUUUCUCGCAUCGAGUCCUAUCAUCAGCCCGAAUGGUGUUGUGAUUGGAGCCUAUACGGUCUUGGACGACCAACCUCAUGAGCCUGUGGACACCGGGUCACUCCAGUUCCUUGUUGAUAUUGCAGCUACCAUAAUGGAUUACCUGGGAACUAGUCACUCAAAAAUCCAGCAUUUUCGCAGUGAGCGCAUGAUGGUUGGCCUUGAAAGUUUUCUGGAAGGAAAAGGUAGCCUGCGCAAUUCAUGGGUUCUCGACACCGAUGUUUCACAAACCACAUUUGGUCAGAUGGACCAUACAGAGGGGCAUGUCAAUCGAGAACAACAAGAAAAGCAAGUUUCGCAUAACGUGACUCAGGCCGUGGGUCAAAAGGACACACCAUGCCACCUAACUUUUCGUCCAUACAAUCUUCAUAUCCCUGGAAACAAGACCCUUCAAGGGAAUAGAGAUAAAUACCAGUCACUUUCCAACUCGACCACCAGCAAGAGAGAUGCCAAGGCCUUAUCAAAACUCAAAGAAGCAUCUCAAGCUGCUAUGGCAAUCGGCAACGAUCUGUCAAGGCAGCAAUCACCGAAGGAUGAUUAUACUGCCAAAGUGAUUGAAACAUUUGGACGUGCAGCCAAUCUCAUCCGCGAGAGUAUCGAAGUUGACGCAGUUGUCUUUUUCAACGCCAAUUUCGGCUCCCAGGAAGCUUUAGUGGACAACGCUGAGUCUGACACGGAAGGCAGUAGUUUUGAAAGCUGUUCUUCGGGUGACGAGGCCACAUUCCGAAGCUUCCCCCAACCUUCGUUCGAAAAUCAAGUAUCUUUUGAUCCAGAACAGGCUAAAAGCUCAGGCAAAGCUGCGUUGAACCCGUGCGAAAUACUCGGAUUUGCCACUUCGAACGCCUCUAGCGUCAAUGAUCAGUUGAUGAACGAUAACAAAAUCGCAUUAUCAGAGUCAUUUCUCGGCGGCCUCUUGCACCGAUAUCCUCGAGGAAAGAUUUUCAAUUUUGGUGAAGAUGGAACCAUCUCAUCUGAUGAUACUAGUGAUGGCAUAAUCAAACGAUUUUUGCAACGUCCUGGGGGCAAGAAGUUCAAAAAAACACGGAAGUCGCUUGUACGCCAGGAUGCUCACACCUUGAUUCAACUUGUUCCCCAGUCUCGAAGCAUCAUCUUCUCGCCUUUAUGGGAUUCGCAUAAAGGUAGAUGGUAUUCGGGGGCUCUAGUAUGGACAAAAGCACCCUACCGUGUCUUCACUUCGCAUGAAGAGUUAGCAUUCCUCUUGACAUUUGGAAAUAGUGUUAUGGCAGAAGUGCACCAACUCGGUGCUCAUUUCGCCGAUCGAGCAAAAUCAGACUUGCUCUCAGGACUCAGUCAUGAACUUCGAUCCCCUCUGCAUGGCAUUUUCGGAGCAGCAGAACUCUUGAAUGACACUGUUAUGGACGCGCUGCAACGAGGAUUUAUCCAUACGAUUUCUUCUUGUGCAUACACACUACUAGGCUCGAUCAAUCAACUCCUUGAGCAUGCUAGUAUCAAUGACGUUCGACCAAACUCUGUCGCCAAACCCCCCGGAUCGGAAAGAAUUCCUGUCGACCGGAAAGUGGCCGCCGCCCGCCGUUCUUCGCCUUCUGGAAAAGAUGAUGUCGACACUUGUGUCGAACUUGAUGCUACCUUAGAAGACGCAGUUGAAACGGUCUUCGCUGGUUAUUCCUUCUUCAGAGGUUCACGAUCCCCUCUUCGGGGUAUCGCUGGCGCUUCUACUUUGGAUAGCAGAAAUCCCGAUACAAGGGGUGGGGUCAAGGUGGUUUUGGACAUUGAUCGCACCAACAGUUGGAAAUUUUCCACACAGGCUGGGGCUUGGCAUGCCAUCCUCACGAAUAUCUUUGGGAAUGCCUUGAAAUUCACCCAAAAUGGUUAUAUCUACAUCUCUAUGAAGGCCUCACCAGCUAAAUUCGGAACAAGUGGCGAGGUCACAAGCUCAGCAGUCACAGUGACUGUAAAGGACACCGGAUCUGGUAUUGACCCAGAUUUUCUGAAAAAUGGACUAUUCACUGCCUUCUCGCAGGAAGAUAGCAUGACAACCGGCAAUGGUCUUGGAUUGAGCAUCACACGACGAAUACUCUUAUCGCUUGGCGGUGAUAUCCAGGUCAACUCCGAAAAAGAUGUUGGCACUGAAGUUGUGGCAACUGUGACCCUUAAUCAUGCGUCUGCUCUGGACAGCCUCGACAAGUUGAACAGCGACUCUCCCAUCACUAUGACUCAAAAGCUUGCAUGCGCGAAGACUAUUGGAAUCUUAGGUCUCGCAACUUCUGAAUCAGACACAGCUCUAUACACAUCGUUAGAAAAACUGUGUGAAGACUGGUUUUCUAUGGAAGUCCGUUUAGUUGGGUCUUCAGAAACACAAUUCGCCCACUGUGACUUUUACAUCUCUUCAUACGAGUAUCUGGAUUUAGGGAAUCAGGAGAUCAGGGCUAUUGAGCCCAGUCCAAGUGCUCAAUUUUCUUCGCCUGUCAUCAUAAUAUGCCCCUCCCCGAGGACCGCGCACUCGCUGUCUAUCCAAGCUCAGAAUCGUGGGGAUGCACAUGUGCUCGAGUUCAUUAGCCAACCAUGCGGACCGCACAAGUUGGCAAAAACAAUACAAACGUGUAUUAAUCGUCAGCAGCUGCGCUUUGAUUCCCCCCAGGGCGAAGAAUGCAAACCGGAUGGUCCAGCGAGCUUCCGAGCCGAUCAGAGCACCAAUGUGCCUGAAAUAGACUCGUUUCUUAGCCCGUCAUCAAAUGGAGAGGUCAACGAACAACCUACGGUCAAAGUGGUAGCAGAUUCAGAAACAUACCGCCGGCCCUCUAUAGGAACGCUCGAGUCGUUGAGACUCUCUCGGGGAAAUGUUGACGACCCUCUUCCUCUAUCUGAAGAAGCCGCCACCACGAGCCACGAUACACCCAUCCAAAAAGAGAAUGACCCCGAAUCAAACAUUCCAACAACCGUUCUUCUUGUGGAUGACAAUGAUAUCAAUCUCAGAAUUCUUAUUGCUUUUAUGAAGAAGCUGAAGUGCGAUUAUGCUAUUGCGCGAAAUGGAGAAGAAGCCCUCGACGCUUUCAAGGCCAAUUCCUCUGUUAUUGGAAUGAUCUUUAUGGAUAUCUCCAUGCCAGUCAUGAACGGUCUGGAAUCUACUAGGCGAAUUCGCGAGUUCGAGAAAACUCUGGAAACCAAAUCCCGUGUCAAGAUUGCUGCCUUGACUGGCGUUGCGCAAGCCGACACCCAACGCGACGCGACUGGGUCUGGUAUGGACUUAUUCCUCACCAAACCCAUACGGAUGAACAGUCUAGUGCCAAUAAUCAAAGACAUAAUGCCGCCGACCCAUGCACUGUGGCAAGAGCAGUAAUCAAUGAUUCAAUCUCAAUCAACAUGGUCAAUAGUUUGCGCUCUUGGGUGGAAGACCAGCAUUCAUACACGACUAAUCCUACUACCGAAGCGCUCUGAAUUGUGUAAAUUAACAAACCCCGCUCAGCUAGCAUGUUUAUUUAUAUAUAUAUAACGAUUUACGCAGUGAAGUACAAUCCUCCCGUUCAUUACAUCCAAUUCUUCUUCUUUCGUUGAAACGAACCCUUCAUGGCGAUGCAUUCUUACGGGGCGGGGCGAUAGUGCUGAUCGAAAUGUUAUACAUACUGCCAUCAGGUAUUAGGAAGGGAUGUUGACUCUUUUCUCCCAGAACAUUGACUCAAGAUGGAGAAUGACUCUGAGGCUGGAUUCCAGACACGUACGCUGAAGAUGUUGCGAGCGAUGGUCGUUUUAGGGCUGGUUUGAGCGCUUGCAUUGGUAACAAUACCAGUCUGUUGGAGAUCUAUGAAAUCAUCCCUCGCUGUUUUGGUGAACAUUGACUGCCAUGUCUGGACCUUUUUCAAGUUCUAUUCAAGCCCUUUGGAUUGAACUUGAUGAUCAUAGUGCCGAAUGGGAGUGUUGGUGCUUGGUUUGUGAGGCAAAAGCGUCUUGUUGUUGAAGCUGGCAUAUAGCAGUGAGUGAAG